UAUAAAUAUAUAUAUUAAAGAAAAAAAAGGAGAGUGAACUAUUCCAUCAGCCUUGAGGUUUGCGUCUUUUGCACAAGCUCUUUCCGAAAAUCCUUCUUUUCCCUUGGCGGACCAUGGAUACUCACACAAGAUGGAAAAAGAGGACUUGGGUGCUGAGCUCCAGCUGCCCUUGGAGCAUAGGGCUGUUCCUAGUCUAUGUACUUGCCCAGAGCCAUGCAGCUGAACCUGCAGAUCUCUUGAAGGUAUUAGAUUUUCACAAUUUACCCGACGGUAUAUCGAAAACAACAGGAUUUUGCACAAGCCGAAGGUCUUCCAAAGGGGCAGAUGUGGCGUAUCGAGUAACAAAAGAUGCACAGCUGAGCGCCCCAACCAAACAGCUCUACCCUGCAUCUCCCUUCCCAGAAGAUUUCUCAAUCCUAACCACUGUAAAAGCCAAGAAAGGAAGCCAGUCCUUUUUGCUCUCCAUUUACAAUGAGCAAGGAAUCCAGCAGAUUGGCAUGGAGAUGGGCAGGUCUCCUGUAUUCCUGUAUGAAGACCACACGGGGAAGCCAGGUCCUGAGGAUUACCCUCUAUUCCGGGGCAUUAACCUAUCAGAUGGCAAGUGGCAUCGGAUAGCCAUCAGUGUGCACCAGAAGAAUGUCACUUUGAUUUUGGAUUGUAAAAAGAAGGUCACCAAGUUCUUGGACCGAAGUGACCAUCCCAUCAUCGACGUCAAUGGUAUCAUUGUCUUUGGAACAAGGAUCUUAGAUGAAGAAGUCUUUGAGGGUGACAUCCAGCAACUCCUCAUGGUAUCUGACCAUCGAGCUGCCUAUGUUCUGUGAGCAUACAGCCCUGACUGUGACACUGCCGUUCCAGAUGCACCGCAGUCUCAGGAUCCAAAUCC